AUGGAGAAGCGAAGGGCCCUUCAGAGGCUCUCGGUGAAGAAGCAGCCCUGCCCGGCACUUGGACGGCUUGGCUGUGUCUUGCAAGAGGCGAACAAUUUCAUCAACCUCAGCUUUCUCCACCUCUUCCGUGCCACCCGGCUAAUCAAGCUGCUGUGCAAAGGCUACACCAUCCACAUCCUGCUGUGGACCUUCGUCCAGUCCUUCAAGGCCCUGCCCUACGUGUGUCUGCUCAUCGCCAUGCUGUUCUUCAUCUACGCCAUCAUCGGCAUGCAGGUUUUUGGAAAUAUUGUCCUGGAUGAUGACACCAGCAUCAACCGGCACAACAACUUCAGGACGUUUAUGCAAGCCUUGAUGCUGUUGUUCAGAUGCACCAGGAUGCUGUAA